AUGGCUGCCCAUCCGCCUGCAGACGAACCUGGGCAACCUCCCAAGCUCACCACCAACGCAUUAGCAGAGAUUGCACACCACCCGAGUGUUUCACAACGUAUCACCCCUUUCGAAGUCUCGGGCGGAGUGGACGAGAAUGGGAAACUACUCCCGGUGGAUUACGACAAACUCACCAGGGAAUUUGGGGCAAGGCUCAUCACCCCACAACUCAUAGAACGAUUCGAGAAAGUCACAGGGAAAAGAGCACACAGGUUUAUCCGAAGAGGGAUCGUGUUUUCGCACCGAGAAUUGGAGAAGAUCUUGGACAGGUACGAGAAGGGUGAACCAUUCUAUCUUUAUACCGGCCGAGGACCCAGCAGCGACAGCAUGCAUGUUGGGCAUUCUGUCCCGUUCGAAUUCACGAAAUACCUCCAAGAUACCUUCGACUGUCCGCUUGUCAUCAUGAUGUCGGACGACGAAAAAUUCAUGCACUCAAAAAAGAUCACGAUCGAGGACACAAAACGCUUUGUUAAAGAAAAUGCAAAAGAUAUUAUCGCUAUUGGCUUCGACCCUGCCAAAACCUUCAUAUUCUCCAAUCUCAGGUACAUAGGUGGCGCGUUCUUAGAGAAUAUUUGCGCCAUGGCCUCGCGCAUCACCCUCAACCAGAUCAAAGGCACCUUCGGCUUUAACGAUAGCAACAAUGUCGGGGAAUUUUUCUUCUGCGCCAUUCAGUCCGCGGCCGCCUUUGCGACGUCGUUCCCUCAUAUCUUCGGGGACAACCCUUCGAAGGUGCGGACCAUUCCGUGCCUCAUUCCCUGCGCCAUUGACCAGGACCCUUAUUUCCGGCAAUGUCGCGAUAAUGCCGAGCAGAUGAAGUUCAAAAAGCCAUCUUUGAUCCAUUCGAUUUUCCUACCUGCACUACAGGGCCCCGGCUCCAAGAUGUCAGCCAGUGUCGACUCGUCCGCCAUCUUCCUGACCGACACGCCGAAUCAGAUCAAGAAGAAAAUCAACCGCUUCGCAUUCUCGGGGGGGCAGGAUACAGCCGAGAAGCAACGGGAGCUAGGUGGAGACACGAAAGCGGAUGUUCCAUUCCAAUACCUGACCUUCUUCUUGGAAGACGACGAGGAGCUCGCCCGGAUCAAGAAGGCCUAUGAAUCUGGAGAAAUGUUGACGGGCGAGAUCAAGCAGAUCUGUAUCAAGGAGAUGCAAGCCUAUGUUGCCGACUUUCAGGCCAAGAGAGCACUUGUGACGGAGGAGGUGGUGGCAGACUACUUCAAGCAGAGGCCCCUCACAUAUAGGGGUUCGUGA